AUGUCACAAUUUACUCUGUUCAUUUCAAGUGGAGGAUAUAAGGGAGACAGCCCUGCACCUCAAGAGCCGAGAGACCAACAGCAGCAUGGACCCAGAACUCUCACUCACCGCUUCCGAUGCCGACCUCUUCGCAGACGAGCCGAUAAUGCCCGAAGACCCAGAGACCCCACCGUCUCCCGCCAUAUGUCGCCGCCGGCGACCGCGACAUACAGCCAGCGUCACUCACGGCUCCGGACACCGAUCCCCGGGCAGCCCCGACGUCAUCGGCCCCUCGCAAUCCAACAGCCCCGCGCGGAGAUCCCGUCUCCGUCGCCCGAGGGACAUCGCCCCUCCCCGACGGCACUCUUCCAGCCGCUCGAACGCCAGCCGCGAUCGGUCUCCACGCCGACGCCCCUCCGAGCGCCGUACUCGAAACAACUCCGGGUGGACAGUCAGCCAGCAUCAGUUCACAACUUCCUUCCACAGCACGUACCUCCACCCGCCAGGCCCACCCUCGCCAUAGCAACACCUCCAGCACACCCACCCACCCGACCAUCCCCGUUAUCUAACUCCAUCAGGCAGCAGAUUCUCACCGGUAACUACGUCGACCUCGCCCAUCUCAUCCACCCAUCAGCUAGCAACACCCAGACCCCUGGAGAACUGCUCACCAUAUUCGGCCCCGUCGAGCUGAGCCAGCCUCUCCCCACCCGGUCCAAAGAACUCACGACAACGGAGUUCGCGUACGCUUUCUCCCUGUACCGUGACAUCAUCUGCUCCGCCCUACCCGACCGCAGGCCCGAGCUGGACAACUACUUCACGUUAAUCCUCAAUUUAGCCUUGCGGUUCGGCAACAACGGGUUCUGUAGCUACCACGUCCUGUUUGCUUCCGAGGCCGCCGGCCGCGUGCAACAGUACAACCAGGGCACAUAUUGGGGAACCCUCGACCCAGAAUUAUAUUGUCGAGUUUGCAUCCCGCCCUUCCCUUAACUGCGAGCUCUGCAGCGCACCAGCCCACCCAGCCUCCUCAUGCUUCCUCUCUACAACGCAGCCGCAACCAAUUCCCUGUAAACAAAGUCCCACCUCCCACCACAGCCCCCCGCCCCUACCCCGUCAAACCAGCCCCCCGCCCUCCCGCCAAGGACACAGACCGGAGAGGAAGACCCAUCCUCUACCAGGGCGGGAAGACGGUCUGCAACAAUUUCAACGACCUGGGAUGCAACGCCUCCAGCUGUCGAUUCCUCCACACCUGAUCCUUCACACUAAAUCAACCUGCCCCCAUAACCCUCUAAAACACAGGCUUUGUAAGUACCUCGGGACACCGAUUAACAUCCCCGCGUUAGCCUCUGCACUGGAGGGACACCCAGACCCCCAGUUCACGAGUUAUCUUGUACAAGGUCUCACUCACGGUUUCCACCCAGGCGUUUCUGCAGUACCACAGUCUUCCUUUACGUGCAAAAACCUGCAGUCAGCCACUGCCGAGCCUGACAUAGUUGCCAAACUCUUAGCCCAGGAAGUUAAAAACUCAUUUAUGAUCGGCCCACUCACCAGCCCACCUUUCCCCAUAGUUAGAAUAAGCCCCAUCGGAAUAGCUACCAGGAAAUAUUCGGGCAAAAAGAGGCUAAUUAUAGACCUCUCAGCACCUCGCGGCUCCUCAACCCCAAGCAUCAACAGCCUCAUCCCCAGCGCAGACUACUCCAUGCAGUACACAACAAUCGGCCAUGCCACAUCCCUCAUCCGCCUCGCAGGCCGAGGAGCCUGGCUGUCCAAAGCUGACAUCACCAGCGCUUUUAAAAUAAUGCCCAUCCACCCGGAUUACUGGCACCUCUUCGGCGUCUCCUGGAACGGCGCUUACUACUUUGCCGUGCGCCUGACCUUCGGGUGCAAAAGCAGCCCCAACAUCUUUGACUGCUUAUCCGAGGCACUCUGUUGGGUCCUAGUGAAUGUCCAUAAACUCCCCUACGUCAUCCACCUCUUGGACGACUUCCUCACCGUCACACCACCUUCCUCCCCCCCGGCACACGGCCUCCAUGCCCUGACCUCCUUGUUCCAGGAACUCGGCGUCCCCCUUUCUGCAGAGAAAACCGCAGGUCCCAGCACGUCACUGGAAUUCCUCGGCAUCACCCUCGACUCGGUCCUAUUCCAAGCGUCUCUACCCCUCGAGAAAAAGUAAAUUCCAGCCGUCGUCUGCUCCAGCACCGCUGCCCGUAUCCUCCUCUCCAUAUCGCCGCUCGCACCGGACCGAUGAAAACAGGAGGCAUCGUCCAGGUGCUGGACCACGGCCGGUGGACAGAAGGUGCCAUCGACGGCUUCUGAUGAAACACCACGGAGCUCCACGCAUGCUGAAGCAGGAGGAUGACGACUACGCCGCCAUGGUCCAGAGGGGGUGCACUGACCCUCACAGUUUGUUACAUCCGACCACAUGCCAACAUAUCUCCAGAUAUGUCAAGCAUCUGGCCAAAAGAAAACCCACCAGCUCCUCUCUGAACACCAGCCCAGAGAAGGUGUUGGAGACAAGAUUUCUCCUGCUCCACCAAGGUCUUUAAGACGUAUGAAUGCGAAGGCCUGAGAGACCCCCGCAUGUCCUUUGAGGACUUUGCAGCGUCUCCUUUCUUUGAGCGCGAGCUGGAGGCCGCCAAGCAGAGGGGGCCGAGUGGAAGAAGGUGAAGGAAGAAGAGGAAGAAGCGGAAGUCGGCGUCGCCUGUGCCCCUGAAGCGAGGCGCCGGCAGCCCUCAUGUUCACAGCUGCUUCCCCGGGGUGUUGGGGAAGUACGUCUACUGCCCCUCCAGGGUGUUCUCCCUGUACAAGGACCAGGGCAUGGGGGGACUUCCUGCAGUCCUCUUUCUAUGAGGCGGAGAGAGACAGAUGGGUCACAGAGAGGAAGAAGAGACCACACACAUACAUAGUAUUAGUAAUACUAAUUAAAUGAUACAAUAAGAAUUAUUGGACGAAUAUAAGCAGCAUUAUUGCAUUGAAAAAUAUAUAUGUCCAGUACAUGAGAAUGUAUAUAAUUAUUGUUUUGGAAUAAAUAUCGAUAUUUUACUAGAAUAAAUACAAUUAUUGCUGUAUAUAAAUAUUAUAUAAUAAUGUAAAUAUAUAUGACAUUUUUAUCCAUCGUGACAUUUGAGAAGCUGAAACCAGGUCAUGUUGCUG